AUGGAUCAGACCACCAAGGUCGUAGUCAUUGGCGCAGGCCUUUUUGGCCUCACUACAGCCAAGCAGCUCGCGCUAGAAGGUCACCAGAACAUCACUGUCCUUGACAGGCACAUGCCGCCUGUGCCGGAUGGCUCCAGCUCGGAUAUCUCCCGAGUCAUCCGAUUUGACUAUGCCGACACCGAUUACUGUUCCCUUGCGUAUGAAGCUUAUCGCAAAUGGUCUCAAGACCCUAAGUAUAAGGGCAUCUUCUACCAGACAGACUAUGUUAUUGCUGGGUCGCGAAGUACGCCUGAGAAGUCUUGGACGGAUAAGACGAUUGCUCAGCUUGAUAAGCGACAACUGCCUUAUACAAGAUUGGCAGAUGCUGCUGAUACCAAGCGGAGAUUCCCCAUUUUGACCGGUGAACUAGCGCAACCUAACUUUGAGGGUUACUUGAACAAGUCUGGUGGUUGGGCCGAUGCGAACAAGGCUAUCAAGCAACUCCGUGACGAAUGUCUAGAGUUAGGCAUCUCCUUCAUCGCAGGUCGAGCUGGAACCGUAGUUGGCUUUGACAGCGACGCUCAAGGUGUGAUCAAAGCAGUCAAGACCCUCGAGGGAACUCCUUUCCUAGGCGAUCACUUCAUUCUUGCAGCAGGCGCUUGGUCUUCCGGUAUCGUCCCUACUUACAACUCAACAUUGUCAACAGCACAAGCGCUCGGUUUCCUUCGCCUCACAGACGAUGAGAUGACCAAAUACAAGAACAUUCCCAUUUACAUGAACUACGCCACCGGUUGGUUCAACUUUCCUCCCCACGAGGACACAAAGAUGCUCAAAUUUGCUGUUCACGGCUGGGGCUAUACUCGAGCACCCUCCAAGGGCGACAACAACUCUGUCACAUCCAACAUCUCCGUUCCCCCUCCUGUAUCUCGAGAGCGAAAGAACUUUGUUCCAGCUGAUGCUGAGGAACGUCUCCGAGCCGGUUUGCGCGAGAUGUUGCCUGAGCUGGCUGAUCGUGCCCUUACUAGGGUAGCUCUGUGCUGGUACACAGAUACACCUACUGGUGACUUCAUCAUGGACUAUCACCCUGAUUAUAAGAACCUGUUUGUUGGCGGAGGCGGAAGUGGACACGCGUUCAAGUUCCUCCCAGUCUUGGGCGAAUGCAUGGCAUCCAGCUUGGAAGAAGAGGCUGCCCAGUCACUUAGCAGAGAAGUGGAAGUUCCAUACUGA